ACUAUCCUUUUUUUUUUGGCAAUUUUACAGUAAACGAUGGACGCACAACUACAGUGCCACAAUAUAGCAGUCUGAGCAGCGCAUUCUCGACUAUUUUCCGACAGGAAGGUUUUCGUGGACUCUACAAAGGUGUUACACCCAAUAUCUGGGGCUCAGGUUCCGCUUGGGGGUUCUAUUUCAUGUUCUACAACACAAUAAAGACCUUCAUACAGGGCGGUAAUACGACCCAGCCAUUGGGACCGACAUUGCACAUGUUGGCCGCGGCUGAGUCUGGUGUGCUCACUCUGAUACUUACAAACCCCAUUUGGGUGGUAAAGACGCGUUUGUGUUUACAAUAUGGCGCCGAGGCUUCAGGCAAUAAGGCGUCGGAAUAUCGCGGUAUGGUGCAUGCGCUGGCGCAGAUCUACCGUAAGGAGGGCAUUCGUGGUUUGUAUAGGGGCUUCAUUCCCGGCAUGUUUGGCGUGUCACAUGGAGCUUUGCAGUUUAUGACCUAUGAAGAGAUGAAGAACUACUAUAAUACAUAUCGUAAAUUGCCGAUCGACACCAAAUUGGCCACAACUGAGUAUUUGGCAUUCGCUGCCAUAUCGAAGCUCAUCGCUGCUGCAGCAACAUAUCCCUAUCAGGUGAUACGUGCACGCCUGCAGGAUCAUCAUCUCAACUAUACAGGUUCAUGGGAUUGCAUUAAGCAAACAUGGAGGUACGAACAUAUGCGUGGUUUUUAUAAAGGCCUAGUACCAUAUUUAGUACAUGUCACACCGAAUAUUUGUAUGGUCAUGCUCAUUUGGGAGAAACUGACCAAUUAGAAAUAGACAAAAAAAAAGAAAGAAAUAAUAAAAUGAGGCAAAUCGCUGAAAAUGCACACAGCAAGCAAGUUAGUAAGCAUACGAUACGAAUAGUAAGGGUAUGCAGCAAUUUUCCACAAAGCAAAUAUGCAAAUUUUACUAAUUACUUACAUACACGCAUAAACAUAAAGUCGAAUAUUCAAGAAGAAAAUUUCCAUUAUAGAUAUAUGUAUAUGUAUGCCGAAUAAACAAGCAGCAUUUUAUUAACAAAUUUGUCUAAAUAAUUGUGCUCGUAAGUGUGUAGUAUUGAUGUUAAUUAAAAGAAAGUAGAAAAUGAAAUAGUAAAAUACAUUAUAUGACGCCAGCUGUUAGCUGUAAGAAAACAAAAUAAUUUUCAAUUAUGAGGCAGUGAAAAUGCGCUGCAGUACAUGUGUAUUCAAUUGAAAAUGGAAGAAGCUAAAGUAGGUAGUAGCAAUAUACAAUUUAUAUGAAUGAAGUUGUAUCAAUUACAUUCUAUGUAAAAAUUUAUAGAAGAUGAGAAGAGUAUGUAGCUGCUGCGUUUUUUAGUUUAAUAUAUUUUCUUGUUUUUUGUUGAAAUUUAUUUUUGUAUUUUAACUAAACACUAUAUUAAUACAUUACUAGUUUUAUUUUCUUUUAACUUCGCCUUUUACACUCUCGAUUUUUUGUAACUGUUUACUUCACAUAAAUUUAAGUUAAAUAUUCCACUAGUUAAUAGUGAUACAUAAUUUCCGCAUUUAGCUAGUAAGUCUUUCCAUUUUGGCAUACAAAAAAGAAACAUUCUACUUCUUUCAUCCUUCUGUCCGCCAAAUUGUACAACUUAAAUAAAUUUAGUCUACCUAACAAUAUUAUGUCUAUGUAUAAAACAAUAAAAUCGCAUUAGUCUUUUGAAAGUUGCACUGAAUUUAUAACAAUUAAGCAGCUUAAAAUCCUUUUUGUAAAAUUGUAUCGAAAGAAAAUGUAUGAGUUCUAAAAAUGUGAUAGAAAGAUUCGCAAAAAUUAAA